AUGAUAUUUAAUUUGUUAUUCUUGUACUACGCAUAGGGAAUAUCAAUAAGCUUAUUCAGAAAAUAACAACUAGAUUACACGAACAUGUCAAAUUAUGAAAACAUACUCUUCUAUGGUAUAAUUGAAGUAGGGACACCACCUCAAUUUCUUUCUGUACAGUUUGAUACUGGAUCUAACUUAUUGUGGGUGCCUUCAGUUGAUUGUACAAAUUGUAAUUGGGCAACCGCGUUUUCACCUGAUGAAUCAGAAACAUUGAACUAUACACAUAAACCAAUAAAAAUUCAAGUAUAGAAUAAUUUCAAUUUCAGUAUGUUACUUCAGAAGUCUCUGGUUUUUUAGUCGAUGAUUAUGUGGGAUUGCAAGGGUCAAAUAUUCGUUCGUUUAUGCCUUUCUUAUUAGUCGAAAAUCAAGAAAAUAUUCUUGGAAAUUUAACUUAAGGAGGGAUGGGGUUAAAUAAUGAAAUUUCUAUUCAAAAUAUGUUUGAUAUUGCUUAUGAGCAAGGCCAAUUGAAUAAUUCAAUUUUUGUCAUGCAAAUAAACCAAGAGCCAUAUUAAUCAAGAAUUUACUACAAUAUUUCAGAAUAAAAACUUAAUAAUGGUACAUAAUGGUUAAAUUCAACUUCUUAGCAUUAUUGGGUACAUUAAUAGCGAUAUAAUUAGAGCUUUCCCAUUGAUUAAGUUUAAAUCAAAAAUUAAGUGAAGUAAUUAAAAUAAUAUAAUUGCGCAAUGGUGGAUUCUGGAAGUUCUUGCUUGUAUCUGACAGAAGACUUGUUUUAACUUGUUAUGGAUUCAUUGCUUAAAGUAUGCAAAAAGUAUUUUUUAUUUAUACUUUGUCCUUGCUAUCCAAAUGAAUACGAGUUAUAAUAUUUUCCAGAUAUAGUCAUUUAUUCUAAAGGAUAUAAAUUUACCAUCUCUUACUAAAGCUAUAUUCUUUACUCAAGCAUGAAUGACGGCUAUUGUUAGCUAACGCUUAAAAGUUUGAAAUAAUUUGAAGAUGUAUUCGAUUGUAUGCUCUUUGGAGACACAUUCCUAUUAAAUUACAUCGUAAUCUUUGAUAAACAAAAAAAUAGAAUUGGAUUUUAAAAUUCAAGUCUGGAACUUUGGGAUGUUGCGCCUUAGAUUUCUAAUGAAUAUCCUCUUCAAAUCGUUGGGUUAACUUGGUUUUCAUUAACUGCUUACUUCUUAAUAUUAGGAGUUCUUUUUUACUACAAUAACUUGAUGUUUAAACUAGGGGUUGAAAAUUAAAAACCUUCUGAUCAAGAGUUACCAUACGACAUGUCUUUAUAAACUUUAGUUAAAAAGUGAUUGUGAU